UCUGUGAAUAAUUUUGAGAUUGCUAGAAAAUGGCUCAGAGAGUGUUCUUUUAGUCAUAAUAACUGUCGUCGUCGGAUCCAAAAUGUGCUUCCUUCAAGGCUGAUCGAGCUAUCGCCACUCGGACAACCACAGGCUGCACGCCUGCGUUAUACAGCUGGACAGAAGGGUAAUUAUGCAGCCCUCAGCUAUUGCUGGGGAAGUGCUGAGCCUUUUCGGACGACCACGAAAAAUGCUCACGCGUAUACUGCAAGUCUUCCUUAUUCCAAGUUACCUAAGACAAUCUUGGAUGCUUUCGAGGUAGCUCGCAAUCUUGACUUGCGUUUCAUCUGGAUCGACUCACUUUGUAUCGUUCAAGAUGACGAUGAAGAUGUCAAGACAGAAUUGGGCCGCAUGGUCCAAGUCUACCGCAACGCUCGAAUUACUAUCUCAGUUGCUAGCGCUUUCAAUUGCCAUGAAGGCUUUCUAGACAGGAGCCUCAGCUCUCAGGGCGUCUUUCACAUGCCAGUUCCAAUCAACAAGAGGGCUUGGACACUUCAAGAGCACUUACUUUCUCCUUUCCUGUUGAUCUUUACAGACUACGGUAUGCAUUGGAAAUGCUACUCCGGUUCCGAACCCAAAUUCUUGACAGGCACACUGGGAAGGGAUGCACACCGAUUUUUAUUCGGAUUAUCACCAGUGGAGGUCCUCCAAGAGUGGCAAGCGCUUUUGCGAAACUUUACAAGCCGGGAACUCUCACAAGAAAGUGACAGGCUUCCAGUGGUAGCAGCCGCCGCAGAAGUAUUCUCGAGGCGUCUGGGAUGCGAUUACCUAGCAGGCGUUUGGAAGGACUACUUGUGGAAUGGGCUGAUGUGGAGAGUUGCACCUCGCAAAGCUCGGCCUCAGAAGUAUCAAGCACCGUCUUGGUCCUGGGCGUCAGUCAAUGGCCCGAUAACUUACGCACCUGGCCCGAGAACUUUCGAUGCGUUGAAAAUGUGGACCAGCUACAAAGCAAAUGUGGUAGAGUGCAGUACAAUAGUGGGUUCUUCGGCAUCGAAGUGGGGUGCUGUCAUUAAUGGCAAGCUUGUCAUG